UACAUGCUGACAGUUUGAACAGCAUUCUGGAAGUAGCUAGGAAUUACUUAAACAAUAGGAAGUUGCUGUAGUGGUGGCCUUCUUCAUAUGCUGGGCUCCAUUCCAUGCUCAACGUCUGCUGGCAGUCUACCUGUCUGCCUCCCCACCAGAGGAGCAACAGAGGCUGGUCAGCCUCUAUUUGUACCUCAUGUACGUUUCUGGGGUGCUGUACUUUGUGUCUACAUGUGUCAACCCCAUACUGUACCACAUCAUGUCUAAGAGAUUCAGGAAGGCGUUCAAGGGUACAUUUCGCAAGGUGUGCUGCGCAAAAAACUCAAAUCACUACCUGGUGGUGCACAAGGUACCCCCUUCCGAACGGGACAUGCAGAGGUCCAACUCUGAAGGAGUCCCCCAAUUGACGAGGGAGUUCGCUCAGAAUCGGGGCCAGUCAGAAUACCCGAUCCGACUCGGAGACGCGGGCAGAAGUUCCACCAGAAGUACUUACCUGCUAAGUUCGUUCCGGGCGCAUAGUCUCAAGGACAAGAGCUGCUUCAAGAAGAAUAGUGAAAAGAAUAUUUACGUUAUGCCACUGAGGUUGUGCGGUAUGUUCAGGAAGCAUGACGUGACAAGAGCCAGUUUCGAUACCUCGAAUACCAUUAGUAAUUCUAGUUUGAAGGACACUGAUUCCAGUGAGUUUAAUCGUUACGAUUUGGUUAAUAAUAUGCUUAGAAUAAAUGAAAAGAUGUUGUAA